GCCAGUUUUUUUCUAUAACAUCACUAAUUAAAAAAUGGGAGGAGUACACAACAUUAACAAGAUCAAGGGACAUUCCAAAGAAGGAUACAAGCGUAUCGCCAGAAGCAUCAAGAAGGCCAACAACCCUACUAAACCAUCAGUUACUACCAAGAGAGUUGUUACCAAGAAGAAGCAAAAGGCCUAUGAGAGAGCUAUCAGACAUGAAAAGAAGCUUUUAGCUAGUAAAGGUUUGAUUGAAUAUGAGGAAGAAAUGACUGAUGUCGUCCUUCCUUCUCCCGGUAGACAAAGAGUGAUGAACACAUGUGUUCCCUCUGAUGAACUUUUAGCUGCUGCUGCUGCUGGUCCCGGUACCACUCUCGGUGGACCUCAAUAAACACACAACAUCCCUUUUUAGAAAAAAAAAAAUAAUUUUUGUAAAUACUCAUCCCCAUUUUCCUCUCUCUUUAUUA